AUGACCAGUGUAGUUCACAGUUCGUCCAGGUGUUUUGGAGGAACUGUGUCGCUACUCAAAAGCCAGGAGAGGGACGUAAAUUAUGGCGAUGUUAUCGACACUGAAGCAUUUGAGAACAUCCUGAAUAACACAUUUAAUGACUUCGAAGAUUUUCGAGACGUUAUAUGGAUAGCUCCCGUGGAUUACUUCAAACUAGAUGAAGACUCAGCUUGCGCAACAUCAUGUAAGGGCUACCAACUAUUCUAUAACUCCUACAUUCUGAUAGUAGAGACUUUAGAUCUUUACACUGAGUCUUUAUGGUAUGAGGUAGAAUCAGAAAUUCGUAAUGGAGCACUGUUCGAGUGCCAUACGUGUACUAGCCACAACAACAGCAUACCGGGGCUCGGGCCACUCGAAUCAUCCAGCAGUGAAACUUAUAUCGUUUCAAAUAUUCUCCAUCGACUUGGUUAUUACGACCAGUUGAGAAUUGCAAAAGAGGGUGACGACAUUUACUAUGCCCUCAAAAAUUACUCUGGUAGGGAGAGUGAACAAAGCUUUGCAAACUACCUUGGCAAUGUGGUUAUGAACGAUACACUAAUACCAUUUAACGCAAGAGAUGGCAUUUCAUUCCAAGCUAAACUCCAUCCUGCACACCUUGUAGCACGUCUUCCCCUUCUCGCCAUUCUGGGUGCUGAAACACAGCUGCCAAAGGUGACCAAAAUCGCAGGCGCAUCUGAGCGGCUAUUCAUCGAUGUCAGAUUAAAUGUCAAACUCAAGGAACCAAUUACGGUCCUCGUGUGUAUCUUUGGAGGCCAGGUACUGGCUAUUGGGGCUGUUAUUUUCUAUUGCAGGAAUGUUUUCAUACGAGAUUAUGCGAGUAGCCUUUCUAUUGCCAGAUUGCUAAAAAAGACCACGGAAGACACAGAAGGAAUGAGUACACAUACGGGCGAGGAACUCGCGGAGUAUCUAGAUAGCAAAGGUGUUAUGAUGAGAUAUGGAACACGGCGGAAGGGUGACGAGGCGUUCGAGGUAGACCUGUGGAACGAUGUUGAGGAUGAAUUCCCUGAUGCCAUAUAUGCAUAG